UGAAUUUAGAGUUUCUUUUUUUUGCUGUGAACGUGAAUAAUGGGGUCAAGGUGGAAAGGAAAAGGAGCAGAAGUUCAAGCUCUUGCAGAUCCCAUUUCAGAAAUAGUCAGCCAACUCCAAUCUUCUCUGAUCAGCUCCAAUUCUAAAGGACUGCUUUCUGGUACGGGUGUGCUUCUUAAAGCAGAUGCAGAACUAACUGACCUCCUCAAUCGUGCAUGUUUUGGUAGGCCUAGGGUAACAUUAGAAAAGAAUGAGCAAUGGUUUCAGCUCUCCACGGAAGAAGCUUUUUAUCUUCAACAUUCUCUAAAAUGCAUUAAGAUUGUUGACCACAAUGAUACUGAACUGAACGGUGACGAGUUAUGGAAGCAUAUGACAUCAAGCAGGGAAAAUUUUCCUAUCCUAUUCAAAGCUUUUUCUCACCUUCGAAGUAAGAACUGGGUGGUUAGAUCGGGCUCUCAGUAUGGGGUAGACUUUGUUGCCUAUCGUCAUCAUCCUGCCUUGGUACAUUCUGAAUAUGCUGUGCUAGUUUUAUCAGCACAAGAUGGUAAUGCAAAUGGCCGCUUGAAGGUUUGGUCCGACUUCCACUGCACUCUUCGCCUUUGUGGUAGUGUGGCGAAAACAUUAUUAAUUCUCAACAUUGAAGAACAGCAAAGUUGUGCAACUUCUCCGUCGUGCUUAGAUAAUUAUGUUGUUGAAGAGAGAACAAUCACAAGAUGGAGUCCAGAGCAAGGCCGUGAGAAAAAUGUUAAAUCUGACUCAAGAGUAAAGUAGGUUGACUGAUUCAAGAUUAACUCCUACUUUAUCUUGUUCUAGUUUAGUAAUUGUAUUGUGAUUUAAAAGCACUAUGAUUACUACUCUGUAAGCCGUGUUUAAUCUACCUAUUUGUUGUAGGCAUUUUGGGCUGACUUUAUGCCCAGUAGAAAUGGUAAACAAUCCUUUGUUAUUGCACUU